GGAACUCGAACAUGCAAAUAGCGGAAAGAGAAAAACCAGCGAUAUUUCUUCUCCUCCCUCGUCACUUUAUCGCCGCCGGCACUUCUCUCUGUUUCCGUCUCUCUCCUUCAGUCCUCCCGGAACAAAUUUGUCACCGAUAAUAUUUCACGGCGAAGUAACCGGAGACGGCCGCUUCCAGAUAUAUAUAUAUCUUCGCUAUCACGUCAUCUAUCUCUAUUCAUCUCGUCUGUAAUGGUUAAAUUCCCCUAAACCAAUUGCUUAAAUUUUCCAACCUAUUGCAAAAGUAACUAUGCAACCAACUGGGGCAAAAGAUCCUCAACUCCGUGAGAGCAACAGCCAGAAGGUCCACCCACAGCCCAUGGAAGAAGCUACAAAUAAUAAAAAACUAGAACCAGUCGAAGCAUUGAUUUCCAAGAUUUUCACAAAUGUCUCAUCACUCAAAUCAGCUUACAUCCAACUUCAGUCGGCCCACACUCCGUAUGACCCUGACAAGAUCCAAGUUGCUGAUAAACUUGUGAUCUCAGAGCUGAAGACCCUAUCUGAACUCAAACACUUCUACAGGGAGCACAACCCUAAGCCAGCAUGUGUUUCUCCGCAGGACUCCCGUUUGGCUGCAGAGAUUCAGGAACAGCAGAACUUGUUAAAAACAUACGAGGUCAUGGUCAAGAAAUUUCAGUCUGAGAUACAGAACAAAGAUUCCGAGAUUCUUCAGUUGCAGCAGCAGAUUCAUGAAGCGAAUCAGAAACGAGUUAAAUUGGAGAAAAACCUAAAGCUCAGGGGUUUAUCCUCUAAAGAAGGUUCUGCAAAUGGAUUCAUCUCUGUGGAUCUAACACCUGAGCUUUUCAAAUCCACAGUGGAAUGUGCCUAUCAAGCUGUUCAUGAUUUUUCCAAACCAGUAAUCAACAUGAUGAAAGCGGCUGGAUGGGAUCUUGAUGCUGCAGCACAUUCCAUCGAGUCAGAUGUUGUAUAUGCAAAGCGGGCUCACAAGAAAUAUGCAUUCGAAUCAAAUAUUUCCCACAAAAUGUUCAGUGGGUUUCAGGACAAAUGCUUCUCCCUGAAACACGAAGAUCCAGAAGCCAUGAAGGAGAGUUUCUAUCACCAAUAUCUUGCAUUAAGGGAAAUGGAUCCACUGGAUGCCGUGGCCCAAAGCCCAGAUUCCAUAUUCGGGAAAUUCUGCAGGACCAAGUACCUUGCCGUUCUUCAUCCUAAGAUGGAGGCCUCAUUUUUUGGCAACUUGGAUCAACGGAACUAUAUAAUCGGGGGUGGACACCCAAGAACAGCUUUCUAUCAGGCUUUUCUAAAGCUGGCAAAGUCAAUCUGGCUCUUGCACAGGCUGGCAUAUUCAUUUGAUCCUGCUGUCAAGGUUUUUCAGGUGAAGAAGGGAAGUGAGUUCUCGGAAGUUUAUAUGGAUAGCAUUGUGAAAGAUUUCGUCGUUGAAGACACAGAGGUGAAACCUAAGGUCGGGCUGAUGGUUAUGCCCGGUUUCUACAUCAUGGAAAGCAUCAUCCGGUGCCAAGUCUAUUUGACAGGUGUGAAACUGGCUGAUUGAUUUUAGUUUUUCAUUGAUUGUUGAUUGUGUAUUGUAAUUUACAUAUGUAUCUUGUGUGUUUGUGCAUUUUCUUCUUGGCAUCUAGAAACUGUCAUAGUUGUGAUCAUUGUAUUUGCAGUUGUGGUACUUUGUGCCUAAUCAUCUAAUGAGUUGAAAUAACACCCCCUUGCUCAUCUUUCUUUUUUUAACACCCUUUGUGUUGGCAGAAAAAGAAAUUUUAAAUUUUGAGGAGUUGAUAACAAAAAAGCCCAAUGAACUUUCACUUUUAUA